GGGCCAGCUGGCUCAACGAUCGAGGUGAUACUUGAUGAGUUCCCGCACGGCGUGUCUAACGAUGGCUGCAAUUAUGCUGGAGUUGAAAUUAAAACAGGAAGUGAUAAACGUCGUACUGGUUACAGAUUCUGUUCUCCAAGAUUUGCUGGAACAUCCUUGGUCUCUACGCACAAUAUCGUCCCUAUAAUUACAUUCAGUAGGCUCUUCGAAGUCAGAACCGUCUUGCGUUAUCGAAUCGCUUCCACUGGAACGGGUGCUGUGGAUACGGAAACUGAGGGGGACGAGACAACUCCUCACCCAACUAAGACGCCCAACAAAAACUGCAAAGACAUUAACCUGUGUACUAAAUUGCUGCAGUGGGACUUCUGUAAUGAUGACAACUACAACGACAAGUUUAAGAAAUUGGCCUGCCCGAAAUCAUGCGGUUUCUGCUAG